ACCCUUUCUCCCCUGGACAUGUACCCACGUAUUCUCAACUUCCAUCCGGCCAAUGUGGCCUCCUUUGCAAUGACUCUCACUCGAAACUGCAUCUGUCCAAUGAUCGUAUCGAAGGGCAGUGAUCAGGUUGCCAUGACAACAAAAUUUGAGAGCCGCGAAGAUCUGGGUGAGUUCUACUUUUCAUACAGUCAAUGA